AUGGCUCAGACCGUGCAGAACGUUACAUUGUCGCUCACUCUGCCCAUCACGUGUCACAUCUGCUUGGGGAAGGUACGCCAGCCUGUCAUAUGCAUCAACAACCAUGUGUUUUGUUCAGUUUGUAUCGACUUGUGGUUGAAGAAUAAUAGCCAAUGUCCAGCCUGCAGAGUCCCCAUCACUCCUGAAAAUCCUUGCAAAGAAAUUAUUGGAGGAACGAGUGAAAGUGAACCUAUGCUAAGCCAUACAGUCAGGAAGCAUCUUCGGAAAACCAGACUUGAAUUACUCCACAAAGAGUACGAGGAUGAAAUAGAUUGUCUGCAGAAAGAGGUAGACGAGCUCAAGAGUAAAAACGUCAGCUUGGAGUCACAGAUCAAGACUAUUCUGGAUCCUUUAACCUUGAUGCAGGGCAACCAAAAUGAAGAUAAACUUCCAGUUGCAGAUAAUCCAAGUAAAAUUGACCCAGAAACUGUAGCAGAGUGGAAGAAAAAGCUUAGAACAGCUAAUGAAAUCUAUGAAAAAGUGAAAGAUGACGUGGAUAAGCUAAAAGAGGCAAAUAAAAAAUUGAAAUUGGAAAAUGGUGGCCUGGUGAGGGAGAAUUUGCGACUGAAAGCUGAAGUUGAUAACAGAUCACCUCAGAAGUUUGGAAGGUUUACAGUAGCUGCUCUGCAAUCCAAAGUAGAGCAGUAUGAACGUGAAACCAAUCGUCUCAAGAAAGCACUGGAACGAAGUGAUAAAUAUAUAGAGGAACUGGAGUCUCAAAUUACACAGCUGAAGAAUUCAAGUGACGAGAAGGAAGCGAUGGAUGCCAUUUGUCAGAGAGCACUUUCUACAGACAGCAAGGGAAGCAAAGGCACCGAGGAGGAUAUGGCAUCCAAGAACCAAGGUGAUGGUGCAAGAAAGCAGCUUGGCUCAGCCACCUCGAGUUCUCACCUGGCAAAACCUUCUAGCAGUUCUGUCAGGCAGGAGGGCACCAGCAAAACAGAACCAAAUUGUUCUAAGAACCAAGACCUAUAUCAGAAGCGAGUGGAAACAGUGCUCACUGUGACAGAUACAAGUAUGGAUACCUAUCUGGAAAGAGAGUGGGGAAAUAAGCCAAGUGACUGCAUGCCCUAUAAAGAUGAAGAACUCUACGAUCUUCCAGCUUCCUGUGCUCCUUUGUCCCUUAGUUGUCUUCAGCUCAAUACGCCAGAUAAUAGAGAGAGCUCUGUAGUCAAAGCAGGAGGUUCUAAAAAGCAGUCAAACCAUCUCAGAAAAUUGAUGUUUGAUGAUUUCUGUGAUUCUCCAAAUGUGUGUAAUAAAGAUUCUUCAGAAGAUGAUAGAAGUGAGAGUGAAAAGAAAUCAGAGUGUUUUACUUCCCCGAAGACAGGGUUUUGGGAUUGUUGUUCCACAAGCUAUUCCCCCAGCUUGGACUUUGAAAGCUCAGAAGAGAACACAAUAGCAAAUUGUGUUGGAGAAAUUUCUUCAAAAUUGAGUGAGAAACCAGGUUCGUGUUUAUCCAAGAGGUUGAAUUCUCUCCGCUCUUUUGAAAUGAAUCGGACAAGAACAUCCAGUGAAGCAUCAAUGGAUGCAGCUUACCUUGACAAAAUCUCGGAGCUGGAUUCAAUGAUGUCAGAGUCAGACAACAGCAAGAGCCCCUGUAAUAACGGUUUUAAGUCGCUGGACUUGGAUGGGUUAUCAAAGUCAUCUCAGUGCAGUGAAUUCCUUGAGGAAACAGAUAAGUUGGAAGAAAGAACUAAACCAAACCUUUCUAAAGGUUCUCUAACUACUGAUCAGUUAGAAAAUGGAAAUGAAUGGAAACCCAAUUCUUUUUUUCUCCUCUCUCCAUCUGACCAAGAAAUGAAUGAAGAUUUUUCACUCCAUUCCCGUUCAAACCCAGGAACCAAUGAAAUCAAACCACCAAGUUGUUUGUUUCAGACUGAGUUUUCCCAGGGUGUUUUGUUAAGCAGUACAAACCGGCUAUUUGAAGAUCAAAGGUUUGGGUCAUCUUUGUUUAAGAUGUCCUCAGAGAUGCCUGGUCUUCAUAACCACCUUCAGUCUCCUUGGUCUACUUCUUUUGUGCCUGAAAAAAGGAAUAAAAAUGUGAAUCAAUCAGCAAAAAGAAAAAUCCAGAGCAGCCUUUCCAAUGCCAGCCCAUCAAAAGCAACUAAAAGUUGA